CUCGUCUUUUUCGCGCUUUUAACCUCAGUUAUCAGUACGAACCAACUAGCCCUCAUCAAGAUCUUACUAGGAAAAACUGAUGCGUUCAACAUCGUCCCUUUUGAAGUCCAAGCCGGUCCCGCUUUGGAUCUGCUUAUCGAAAAUCUCGUCAAAGAUGCAGCAGGUGGCCAACAGGAAGCGCCUGUAAACCCACCGGCAGUACCUCCGAACCCGCCAGAUAUCCUUGUGAACCCACCAGGAGCACCACCAAACCCACCAGAAGUUCCUGCAAAUUUACCUGAAACGCCUCGCAUAAACAAAUCAGCUACUGCGCUCCUGCACCAGCUAAAGGAAUGCCGCGCGAUUAAAUAUGGGUUGGUUUGCGGUACGAUCUGCGCUCUCUUUUCUGUUACCGUCUACGGCAUACUGGGACCUCGAGCAUCCCGCCCAUGCUACUUAUGCAGCCGUGCAUACCCUGGAUAAUGCGUCCGCACGACUCCCAAGCCCCUCGAAUCAUGGUGUGGACCGGCGGACCUUCCGAGUCGUCGGCAGCUCCACCAGUUGUGAAUGCUGCGUCCGUCCUCGCGGUGCCAAAACCCUCCAGCUAUAAUGAGAAGUGGAUUACGUGCUCUUUCGUCGGCUAAAGUGGUGAUGAUAUGCGGGCGCAGAGAAGGUGCACAGUAACGUACGAUCGGCGCCUCGUGAUGGAAAGCGACGCCAUCGUAUUCCCUGCCGACAGCGUGAACGUGCACGAUCUUCCCGGUCGGCGUGCAAUUCCCCAGUCGUGGGUGUUGUGGGCGCGCACAGCUCCAGCGCUUGACGUCAGUGGUGUGGCUACAUUCAACCUCUUUCGGCCAUGGAAAUCACGCUCGAGUAUUUCUGAUGAGCUGCUCGCACUUUUCAACUGGACAAUGAGCAGUCGACAAGGCGCCCACAUCAAUAGUACGUACAAGACUUUUCGUCCUCGCUCCCCGUCCGUCGAACACCCUUGGUCCACCGCUGCUUCCAGGAGGCAACGGCCCUCUGGAAGCCUCCAUUCUAGUGAGAAGUCCACUAUGCUUAGGAGAAGAGCGGACGCUGCCUGGAUUGCUGCCGACUGCGAACAGCGCGUGUUCGAGGAGGAAAUACGGACUUGGAGCGCAUCCAAAGACCAGAUGAACGACUGUGUCGCGAAGGUUGUCAAUCUGCACGUCAUGCCGAACUAUGGUGUCGGCUUGUGCGAGUCUAUGGCGGACUGCGUCGCGUAUGUCGCAAGGUACUUCAACUUCAUUGUAGUCACGCAGACGCCAGCCUGCUUCCCUAGUCUCUACGAACUCGUUUAUGAAGCGUUUAGGCACGACUUGGUUCCUGUCGUCCUGCUGUCGUCGCGGAAUGUCCCACUCAAUCUCCCUCCCAAAUCUACUGUGAGCGUGCAGAAAAUCUUAGAGCCCAUGUUCCUAGAAGAGUACAUUCGUUACCUGCUUGACCAUCCCGCCGCCUACGAGGUAUACUUCGACUGGAAACAAAAAUUUACCGUCACCACACUCGAGGAGGAGUUGUGCCCGCUGUGCGUUGCUCAGCACGGCAUCUACAAGUGGAAGUGUCCGGCAGCCCGGGACGUCCGUGAGUGGUGGCAUCUUCGCGCUACGUGCAGUAGUGGUCCUUUGUUCAGAUAGCACUGACGCUGUCCAGGUCGGUUGGCCAUGAUCUCCUGCGGUAGGCCAGCGGUGAACUUUUUUUCGGACUGCUUUUUUCUCGAGUGAUAUCUUUUUAUACAGGCUUUCCGAUUUUUUUCGAACUCUCAAGCCUGCACCGAACUUUCCAGGGUGCAGAAUGAGCUAUGCUGUCGCUGUUUUCCUAGCCAUGUCCACUAUGCCGCGACUAACGCGGUAGAUUUCGAAAGAAGAUCCAACCGGAUGGAUCCAACCGGAUCCAACCGCGCGAUUCAGCACUGACAAUAAUGUUGCCCACUUCCGCUGUAUUCGUGCGCCAUUCUUGUUUUGCGUGCAAUCCAUACGUGUACACAUAUACACGACUUCAAACCGCAAUGCCGGUACACCUAGAGACAAACGUAUACAAAACGAGCAGAGAAACUUCUCCGUGGCACCUAGGCAAAGUCAGGCAUUCAAGGAGCAAAAGCCCCCAAAAUUUUCUCGCUCGCUACCGGCUGGCAAUUUCUGAAAUCAGACACUCGUCUUUCCUCUCUGCCACACUCCUGCCAUCUUCCAUGACUGGAGAAAACAUGCUCCGGGGAAAUGAGCGCUAAACCAUUGAAUUUUGCGUUGCUCAUAAUAUUACUACUUACUAUUACAAACACAAAAUGCAUCCAAGUUUUUCAUGAGUAGUCCCUUGGCAUCAGCCGCAACUCCUUUCCAAAAUGAAUGCUCACAUCAUGCAUACACCUGUCUAAACGCCGAAGACAUUUUAAGGCAGUAAAGUGUGCCUGCGUUUGUGUCCAUAGGCGCCGAGUCGUUAGUCUGCCGGUGUGCGGAUGCGAGAACGGCUGAGGCCCGAUUCGCGCCUUCUCUUUUUUCAUUAGUACUCCCCGUCCCCCUACCGUGUGAAAGCUCUUUGGCAAGAGAUGUACUGAGGCGGAGAGGCCAUAUAUGUAAACAGCAGUUAAUUUCUUUCUAAGCUCUAGCAAAUAUACUACAAAUGUCCGCAUAGUUGUUAAGGUACUAAAUAAAUAAGUGAAAAAGGAAACUGAUAAACACGUAAACACUUGGCAGGCAUUCAUGAGGCCCUUAGUCGAAGUUAGAGAAAACACUGGGCAGCACGAGCAUUUCCUCAACAUGUCAAAAUUAAAAUAUUACAACUGACUACAAACACAUUGCUCGUAAGAAUCACUGGACAAUACAGACCUUUCCACAAUACGCCAAUUCGAAAACUAAAAAGGGAUUUUAAACUCCUCGUGUAUAGGAAACACUGGCCAGUACAAUAAGCUAACAAUAUAAAAUCUAAAGACCGGUCAUAAGCUCGUCUCCUUUCAAGAAUGUAAACAAGCUACCGAACUUGAUACGAAACAGAAAGACAAGAACAAUACCUAAAG